CAGGCGAGGGUCGGUCAGUGGCACCCGGAGGUGACUGUGGCAGUAGUGGCUGACCCUCUGCGACGCUGUGGAUGGGACAGUGCGACUCCAGCUUUUCCCUGCUGAUCGCGCUGUGGAACGUGGUGACCCCACUGUUGGUGUGGGUCUCCUGUUGGCGCUCUUCUGCUGCUGCUGCUGCUGCUGCUGCCCACAACCACCUCACGCCCACACCACCCGCGCCUUAACCCGAUCCCCACACCACCCACGGCUGCCCAGGAGGUCCCCCAUCCCCUCAGACGGCUGCGUCUUUUCCAUUUCUAAAAACUUCAUCUAAAGCUCCAAGUUUCUGUUCUCUUCAGGUCCUCUGCUUCUUCUUACAUUGGGGUUGAAAGCCCCAGUUCGGAAAACCUCACCAGGGGAACCUCGAGUGCGGGAGAGGAACCCAAAGGGUGGCUCGUGGGUGGUGUGGGUGCGGUGUGGGCCUCGGCUGGUGAGGAUGGGCGAGCAGCGUGCGUUGAAGGCGUCCGUCAUCACCAGCCAAUGGGGAACUCUGAAGAUCGCCCUUGGGCUCCACAUCAGAGUAGCUGCUGCCUUUUCAAGCCCUUAGGAUAGCCUAUAUGCACGUCGCUAGGAAAACGGCAGGAUCACGUAAGGACUCUGCCCUUAAGCUGUUAAAACCGGGCUUGUAGAACCCCUCACCCGAAAGGCGUCGAGGCCCAAAAUGGCGUGCGGGAACAAGAAAUCCGCGGUGCCCUGCAGUGGACGCGGGGACACCGCUGCCCCAGGGGGUGAGACAGGGGUGGCCACCACUGAAGGGGAGGAGAGAGAGACCUGGGGUAAGAAGGUCGAUUUUCUGCUGUCCGUCAUAGGCUUUGCUGUCGAUCUGGCAAAUGUCUGGAGGUUUCCCUACUUGUGUUACAAGAAUGGCGGAGGAGCGUUCCUUCUCCCCUACUGUGUGAUGUUAGUGCUGGGCGGCAUCCCUCUCUUCUUCAUGGAAUUGGCCCUUGGACAGUACAACCGAAAAGGCGCCAUCACUUGCUGGGGGAGGCUGGUGCCACUUUUCAAGGGAGUGGGGUUCCAGGUUGUCUGCAUCGCCUUCUACGUCGAUUUCUUCUACAACGUCAUCUUGGCCUGGAGUCUACGAUUCUUCUUCGCAUCUUUCACCUCAGAAUUACCAUGGUUCACUUGUAACAACCCUUGGAACACACCCAACUGCAGAGAGAUCGGAAGCAACAAAGGACCCAUCCAAACCUACGCCAAUGAAUCCUACGGUAACAAUUCACUCAUGUCGGCCAUUCACGACGAUCUGGAACCCAACGAGACAACGACGCCAGCGCAAGAAUACUGGAAACGAGAGGUCCUUCAGUUACAAGGAAGUUCCGGCAUCUCCGACCUCGGUCAUAUCAAGUUGGACUUAGCCCUGUGUCUCCUGGCUGUCUACAUCAUCUGUUACUUCUCCCUCUGGAAAGGCAUUUCCACUUCCGGCAAGGUGGUAUGGUUCACAGCCGUGUUCCCUUACGUCGUCCUUUUCAUCUUACUCAUCCGAGGUGUGACGUUACCUGGAGCAGCCGAGGGUAUCAAGUACUACCUUCAGCCGGAUUUCUCCAUGAUAAUGUCAGCUGAGGUUUGGGUGGAUGCUGCGACACAGAUCUUCUUCAGCUUGGGACCAGGAUUUGGCGUUCUGUUAGCUUUCGCUUCGUAUAACAAAUUUCACAACAACGUUUACAAAGAUGCCAUGGCCACCAGCAUCAUCAACUGCUGCACAAGUUUCAUCUCCGGAUUCGUGAUCUUCUCCGUUUUGGGCUACAUGAGCCACAAGAGCGGGAAACCCAUCUCGGAAGUGGUUGACGAGGGCCCUGGCUUGGUCUUCGUGGUUUACCCGGAGGCCAUUGCCACAAUGCCUGGUUCCACCUUCUGGGCCAUCAUCUUCUUCAUGAUGCUGCUGACUUUGGGCCUGGAUUCAUCUUUUGGAGGGUCCGAAGCCGUCAUCACAGCCCUGAGCGACGAGUUCCCCAUCAUCGGUCGCAACAGAAAAGUCUUCGUGGCCAUUCUGUUCACCGUCGACUUCUUCGUGGGGCUCGCUUGCUGCACGCAGGGCGGAUUCUACGUCUUCAGGGUCUUAGAUAGGUAUGCCGCUGGUUACUCCAUCCUCUUCGCCGUCUUCUGCGAGGCCAUCGCCGUUUCUUGGAUCUACGGAAUUGCCAGACUCUGCGAUGAUAUUCGGGAAAUGAUUGGCUUUGCACCUGGUUUCUAUUGGAGGACAUGUCUCCAGUUCUUCGCGCCUAUUUUCAUUGGGAUAAUCAUCAUCUACGGCUUAUGUAACAACACUUCGCUAUCAUCUGAGAACCCAGAAGUCUAUCCUUGGUGGACUGAUGUCAUAGGAUGGACUAUGGCAGGUUCAUCCAUGAUUAUGAUUCCGUUUGUCGCCAUCUAUAAAUUCGCCAAUACACCCGGGUCGGCUAAGCAGCGUCUCCGUACGUUGACAACGCCAUGGAGGGACCAACAAGUGUCGGUUGGAAACGGCGUCAGGACAGAGACCAAUCAGAUCAUCUUAAACACGGACACACCGGCACCGGAUGCAGUCUAGGAGUCCUAACCAACCAAUCAGCCCAGAGAAAACAAAAAGCAGAUUUGUGACUUUAUGGUAGACGAAAUAAGAAGGCCAAAAAUACCUUGACUAAUCCACGCAAAGGUAUUCAAAUCGAUAAGCAGAAACAAUAAAAAAAAAAAUUAUCUCAAAAUAUUAACUACCAAAUAAUAAGUCACUUUCUCCCCAGUCUAUGCUAAAACGUAUCAUCACAACUCUGUUUGCCUGGAAAUAACGGGACUAAAUAACUUGAGAAAAAGUCUGGAUGAAUAACCCUCUUUCGACACGCACCUAACCUUCCAUAGUCUUCGCUGAAAACGUUGAUUUUCUUAAACCUCUUUAGACGUUCUUACUACUUUCUUUCCAAGGAUUCAUUAGAUGCUUGUGGCCCCUCCCAAGGCCACUGGACUUCCCGAAAGCCCCAGGGGAAAGCAAGCAUCUAGUCACCGCCUGCCCAAAAAACAUUCGCAGAGUUGUACGCACAUCAUCACAGAGCCGCUUCAUUCAUGGAGUGCGCGCGUAUGUGUGUGUACUUAACUGAAGAGCCUUUGUAAAGAGAUAAUAAACACUUGUGGAUAUAUUACGACAGCUUUUAGCCUUUCAGAAGCUUUGAAGAUGUCUACCUAGAUAAGAAACAGUUUUACUUGUGAGCCUUCGCCUGGCUUCGAAGCGCUUAAGGUACUUCAGGCUCUGAGACCUUUAUGAUUAGCGACCUGUUGUCACCUGUAGUAAAUGAUACUGCGAAAUAAGCACAAUAGUCUAACUUCCGAAAGGCUUAAAAAUGUUCCAAUAGUUUUGUAUCUAUCCUUGUGACGAAUUUUAUGUACAAAUUCCUUGGUGUGCAUAUGAACGUAUGCGUGUGGGUGUGAUAGUACACUUGUAUGUGGGGUUUUAUUGGUUUUAAUCAAACUUCGAUGUUCUUAGCUUAGAUUUUUCAUUUCUGGAAGUGUACCUAUUCCAAGUCUUUUCAGCAAUGAAAGAACUGAGGGAUAAUACAGUGUCCUUUGUUUUUUUGUGGAAUUAGACGUCAAGUGUCGUGAAUUUUAAUGUUACUGGGUAUAAACGAUAACGAUUAAUAUUGCGGAUACCGCCUGUGUCUGCCUGUUAUAACCUUCGCCGCACUCUGUAGUGGCAUUUUGAACACAGGCGUACCCAACGCGUUUGAAUAUUGACGUGUUUUGGUUCCAAAAUGUACGUUAGGUAUUUGUCUGUAGGUUAGGAUAUUGGUAAGUAUACGCAAACAGACUUACGAAUACUUCCCCUUGAUCAUUCUAGAUUUCAGCGCUGUAUUUCCACUACAGUUGACUGAACGUUGUAAACAUUAAUAGAUAAAACCAUCCAAAUACGCGUAGGUUUGAUAAUCAAGUCUGACAUGAAAUGUAAAUUUCCUGUAAUGCAUUCAUUAACAUAUAGCAUAAGUUUUGUUCUGCUUUACUCGAAACACGCGUCAUGUAUCCAGAUUUUCAUUCCAAAUAUGUUUAUACAGUGAUAGUUGUCGAAUAAUUAAGGAACUUUGUUUGUCACUUCACCAGUGGUAAGUCAGCUCUAGCUCCUCGUUUUCUUUGACGAACGAAAAACUCUAUUAGAGGAGCAGAGAUACUUUUGUUAGUGCUCGUGGUUUCAUUGGCAUCUUAAGCUUAACAUUUCAUGCAUCCAAGAAGUUAAUAUCAAAAUUAAGCGUCUUACUUGAAACCUAACGACAUAUUUCCUUCCUAGUGAGACCAAAAUUAUGUUUAUUUUUUAUUUUAUUUUAUUUUAUUAUUAUUAUUAUUAUUAUUAUUUUGCAUUCUCCUAUUGAACAGACAAUACAACAAAAUAUUCAAAUACUAAAAGUCUUGGUCACUGCAAACAUUUCAUCAUUUUCAACUGCAUUCUCAGUAACACUUAAGAUCUGAUAUCAAAAUAGAGUUAUGAGACAAUAAUAAAGAUGCACUGAUAUACAGCGCGAAAACAAUUGCUGUGUAUGAUAGGUGAGACAUCCUUAAUUAAGUGGUUUAAAUAAUUUUCAGUUUAUUAUCCCUGUAUAUAUGUAAACAUUCCAAGAAUUCUCGUGCCAAAGAAACUCCGGAUAGUACUUUUAAAUACUAGCAUAGGUGGUAGGAGUUAACUUUGACUAUGUUUUCUAUUUAUAGCUCGUAACUUGUAUCAUCUAAAAGCUCGUCUCUUUUUAUGAGAACAGCCGUCACAGCACUGAAGGCUUUGCGAGAGAAUGGAAGGAAGGGCUGUGCACAAGAGAAGGUCUGGUGACAUAUUCAAGACAAAAUGGUUAACAGUACGAGCUAUGUCAAUAUAAUUCAGUGCUGCUUUGUUGGUAGUAGAAUCUUAGCGAUCUUAGGAAAAGCAAAGAAAAUGUCUGGAGGAUCCCAGGACUGUGUGCUGUCAUUAGGAGAAUAUAGAAUCUAUUUUGGUGUAUGUUGGUUAUAAACUAAGUAAACUCGUUAGUCAUGUUAUAGCAUUUUAGUCCUUAUAGAGUGAGUGCUUGUGUUGCGUGAAGCGUGCUGCAACCGCUCUAACUUUUUUUUCUUUUAUCCUAUAGAAGAAAAGUAGUUUCUUGUAUUUGUGGCAGAUGAAGAAUCAUAACAGUAAAAUCAGUAUUACCUCAGUACGUACGUUACAUGCACAAGCAAGGUGACUGGUGUUCGGUCCUUGUUUGGCGGUGCAACAGCGCUUAAACCACUCAACCAUUCAGUUUGCACCAAGUGUGCAAAUUGUUAGCAAAUUCAGUUAUUCCGCUGGUAUGUGAAUAAUAGUGCCCGCUUUUAAGAAAUGAAAUGCUGGCAUCCACUUUUUCUCCCUAAGAAACAUACCAAAUUUUGGGAAGUAGAAUAUGCUGGUACAUUAUAUUUUUCAGUCCUUUCCUCACGAGUUGAAAAGUGUCGAGUUGAUGUUCCAGGGACUGUGGCACAACAAGAAACACGAGUGGAAACUUGCAACAACAAAAAUGCUUCUGAGACAUAUAACAGUCAACGUUGUGAGGCUCCUUAUGAAUAUUUUAAGAAUUGAUAAAUGAAAUGUCCACAAUUAAAAAUGAAGAUCUUUCUAAUCGCAAACUUUCACUUACUUGCGAAGGGGCAAUGAGGUAACUCUCUCUCUCUCUCUCUCUCUCUCUCUCUCUCUCUCUCUCUCUCUCUCUAUCUCUCUCUCUCUCUCUCUCUCUCUGUGGCUGCUGUGAAGCGUCUCGUGUAAGUAAAAUCUAGAAUAUAAAGAAAUCUCCUUGUAUCUGAAACACAGCCGGUAUGACUGGUCCCUUUGUGGUAGAGUUUAAGGAAUUGCUUAUUAUAUCAAACAUAUAUGCAUGGACACGUAGACGAAUAUAUUUGUAUACAUGAAUUGUGUAAAUAUGCGGACAUAAACAAUUACUUAGAUAUUUUGAUUGUAUACUCUAUGCAUGUCACUCUAGUAAUUGACUUACGUAUAUUACAUGAAAAAAAUAGUCUCUCUCUCUCUCUCUCUCUCUCUCUCUCUCUCUCUGAGUGUGUGUGUGUAUGUACAUAUUUAUAUAGUUUUAAUUAUACUUUUUAUCUAAAUAUCCACUGUCAUGCACAGGGCAGAGAAAUAGCAGCCAAGCAGUAUUCCUCUAGUCGUAUCUGUCUUACUACAAUGCGCACUUUCGCUCGUCGCUGUUCUUCGUGGGUGUGACGUCAUGGAAACUUUGCCUGGUUAUUUUCACGGUUUGGCUGAGGUUGCGUUGCCGCCUCAAUAAACAUAGUUAAAACAGUUCUGCGUAGAGACGUGUCUUCGAACUACUUCGUCAAGACCUUUGGCGUUGCUAAUUUUAUGAUGACCCUUACAACUGUAGUUGUGAGUUGCCUGAUUACUGAUGUAGAACUUACCAUUUUUGAUGUCUUUCUGUGCACUAAUAGCGAUGGCAUGACAGGGUGAAACCCUAAUCGCAUUCAAGAUAUACUACUACUUAUAUUCUGUAAUCACGAGCUACCUCACCAAAAUACGUUGUGUUGAUUUCUAAGCUCCUCCUGCGGAUAUGGGAUAUUUUCAGUUCUCAAAAGUCAAAGUAUGCUUAGGAUACUAAGAACCUUUGUAGACAAUAUAUCUUUAAAGCAUCAAUGGCUGGAACUCGCACCGUAGCAUUGUCAUAGAUUUCAAUAUACUCUGUAGUUAAGGAAUACGUGGAUUUUGAUAAAGGAGGUUGAGCUAUCCAUAAGAACAAUGAAAUUACAUCAAUCCUUUUUACUAAUGUAAGUUUCCAUCUUCUCUAAGCUUGAAUUCUACGUGUACUUCAAAUGUAAGGAAAAAAUUAUCAGAAUCCAUGUUUGAUAUAGUAGAUGCACAACUCAAGAUCAUAGCUGGCUUCUUAGUUUGCACAGAUAUCGAACAAAUAUCUGCAUGUAUUGUAUAACAAUAUGCCAUUUCGUAAUGUAUUGGGGAUUACCCAGAGUAUAGCUUUGUAACAGUGGAUAUAUAUAUAUAUAUAUAUAUAUAUAUAUAUAUAUAUAUCUAUAUAUAUAUAUAUAUAUAACGUCUACGUGUAUUUGAAACAACAUAGAGGAGCCAUAUAUUUUAACGGGCUUUAUCUCGGCAUAGAAUAGAUGAGUAAGCUAAGCGCUAAAUAUCAGCAGCUUAUGCUUGUUUGUUGGACCUCUUCCGCGAGGCUUGUUUUCGAAGCAAUGGUUUAUGAUACAUUUCGUCUUUAAGUCAGAAAUAAAAGCUCUAGGAAUCUGUUGCUUUAUAAGUACAGUUCAGUACAGACCAGAUGGCACUUAUUGUACUUUUAAAGUGGGGGUGGACAUGUGUAGGAAAGCAUAUUAUACUUCCAUGUUUGCGUAAUUAGAUGUGCUUACAUAAGUAACGCUGUUUUGUUGGUUGAAACUCUUGUCUUUGCACAUUUCAUGUAGCAGUGCUGCACUCUUGUGUUGAUUCCUCUCCCCUUGUACAAAUUUAGUCUAGACUAGAUGUGAACUUAACCCCAUAAGUCCGGCUUCACAGUUCCAAUUACAGAAAUCCCGUUGAGAAUUACCAAAUUAUUUUUUCUAACAGACAAAUGAAUCAAGUUAAUUUAAAGAUACAAAGUUGGAACUUGACUGUAAAUGAGUUCGUUUUACCAAGUUUCUUGAGUACCUCUGAGGAGUAUCAGUGUAGCAGAUCACAUUAAAAUAUUGCCACAUCACGCGUCACGUAUUUGUGAAAAGGCGUUUCCGUUCAGAAUUAUUCAUAUAAUGUUGUUCAUAAGUCUUCACAUAGCUAAGUUGAUCAAAUAAAUGCAAUGAAGCAAGAGCUCACGUUUGACCUUCUCCCGCGGAGUGUAGUCUUGCUGAACCGGAAGUAGAUCGUUCAAAGACUUUAUAUACAAAUCUCGAGAAACGUGUCAGAAUCACCACCAAUAGGCGAUUAAGACGCUGGAAAUCGAAAUCAAUGAAGCAAAAUGGCCUUCCAUCUUCAGCUCCUUGAGAAGUAUUGAAAUCACUCCGAUUUCUUUUGUAGUUUUCACCUUGGCUUUUUCUUUUGAGUGUUAAGAAAGCCUCUUAAAUAAGAUGUCUAAAACUUGUGCUGAUUGAGAUAUCUCCAGAUAGAAGAUGUCGAGAAACGGAAAGAAAGGGUUCCUCUCGUCGUGAAGUCUUUCGCUCAAGUUACUCACUGUAAGAGAGACAUCUGCUAUGAAGAGCAUCCUGGAGGUCUCGCCAUUUCUCCCACACAAAUCAAAAACUGAUGUCUCAGUCCGUGAAUGAGUAUAUACGCCCUGAGUCAUUCAUAAUCCCUUUCAAAAUUUCUCUGCUGGUCUCAGUUCAGUAAAAGGCAGAUUCGUCAUUUUUCUUACUCACAGGGCAAUUAUUGUUCACGUAGCUUCAGUAAAACACAGACUUUGUUAGCGUUCCAGUGUCGCAUCAUUGUCAUUUUAAGCCAAAUAUUGCCAUUGCCAGCCUCAUUAUUAGUAUUAUCAUAUUUAUCAUUAUUAUGUAGUACAGCAUCCAUAGUGAUAAGAGAGGCAAUUCUGACAUUUGCUAUAUAUAUAUAUAUAUAUAUAUAGAUAUAUACUAUAUAUAUAUAUAUAUAUAUAUAUAUAUAUAUAUAUAUAUAUAUAUAUACAUAUAUAUAUAUAUGUAUAGAUAUAUAUAGAUAUUACUCUGCUACAAUAUUAGGGACUAUGGGGCCUCAUUGUGACCUCGUCUGUUGCAAGUUUCCGUAACGAUAUCUUUAUUUUCAUCUCUCUCUCAUUGUGGCACAGAGUCUGCAGAAGACGUCUGCAUACAAAAUCAAAAUAAUGUUCAAGAAAGUAAAGAGAAUAGUUAGAGAGUGGAAAGGGCGAAGCCAGCUCCCUGAGGAGCAUCAUCAAGCGCACUUCCAAGGCGUGAGCUGCUCGUUUCUUUUACAUCAUUUUCUUGUUUGACAACAAAUUAUAUUUUCCCAAAGAUUGAAGUCAUUUGCUACUAUAUAUAUGAUAUAUAAUAUGUAUACGUAUGCAAAAUGAACGUUUGUAUGUGUGAAUGUAUGUAUGUAUGUCUGUAUGUAUGUAUGUAUUUAUUUAUUGUCAAAUGUAAAUGAUCUUAGCAUUAAAGGCAUUCAUAAUUUUAAGCAAGAAUAUAUUAUCUUGAAAGUACUACAUUAGUAGCGUCACGGAGUCGCCAUAGUCAGAAAUUGUCUAGAAAGUCGCCGAUAGCGAGCGGAGGGAGGCAUUCUCGUCCCUUGCCACAAAUUCGGGGAAAUAUGUCAUACAGCCAUUGGCAUGUUUCCAGGGUGCUUGUGUAAAUUAUCAAUACGGUUUCAAAUUAACGCUAAAUGAAUAUACUAUAUACAUUACUGUAAGCAGUGUGUGUGCCAAAAACUGAUAAGUUAUCUGUUUCAGUAACAUAUCACCGUUAGGACAACUGAGAGUAACAAGUCCCACGUCCCUUCUUUCAAGACCUUCUUUCAGAUUAGCUCUUCGGAUCCAGACCCCUGCGUUUAGUCUAAUAAUAAAUAACUGUUCAGUAGUUGUGUUGUACUUUCACAUUUCAUUUCUUUUUCUGGUUGGCGCAAACCGAAGCCUUUUAUGAAGACUUUCGAACAGUUCGACCGUCUUCCUUCAGCCAUAAUGGAAGGCUUUGAGGAGAGUGCCAGUAAAGACAAGUGCUAUUGUGUUGUAUAGUUACCUGUGCGAAGAGAGAGACGAACUGGUUCGUCGAAAGUUAAUCUAUGGCUGGAAUUUAAAACUUUUUGUUUGUACAAAAAUGAUUUAACUGGUUUGGGUGAGUUUCGUCAAUACGGAUUAAGACAUUCAAAGAAAAGGGAUUACGAGGGAUAAAUGUUUCAUCUUUCGUUGACAUUUUCACAUUCAUUUCAAAAGAUCAGUAUGAAGGUGAUUCAUGUCUCUCAAGACAAGUGAAAUUAAAUAGAAAAAUAUUUAAUGACUAAUAUUUAAUAACUUGAAAUGGAGAUGACUAGCUGUUAAUGAUAAAUUUAAAUGUUUUUAUAUAAAAGACCUGUGGAGGAUACAUAUUGAUGGUUUUGAUAUUCUCUGUGGAUUUUAAGGGGAAACAGUUUAACUUUCGGAGAUUCCAGACACGUCAGAGCUGUGGCAAAUAUUUUCAAAUAAUUUUUUUUUUUCACAGUGUAACAAAGUGUCUAAUUCAUUGUAAUAGUUUGUUUGUGUUAUAACAGAUACCAGUUUGUAUAUUAAUGUCUGUGAAUAUCAAAGAAUAGUAUGUGCAUUUCUCCAGUAUAAAAAUAAACCAAAGGUAAAUUCGAUAUGCUUGCUGUCAAUGCAGAUUUUUUUAAAUAAAUUUUUGCCCCAAUGUUA